UUUCUUAAUUAUAUUUCGGAUAUUAAUGGUGGCCAGAAUGUAGUGUUGUCUGCUAGCUUUUGUUUUCAUUUUCAGUCGCAGUCGCAGCUCACUGUUUUCCUGUUUUAAUGUCAAAUUUUAUCUUUCAUCGCAUUUGAAGGAUAUGUCAGCAUUUUUAACAGAUCUAAGAUGGAUGAUUUAAAAGACAAGUUCUAUUAUGUGCACAGCUCUUCUGUAGAGAAGAAAGUGCAACUUAAAAUUGGUACCCUAGAUGGAAAAUGCUUAAAACCUGAAUAUGAUAAAUUGCUUGAAAACCCUAUGCUGUCCUUUUCUGGUUUGUACAAAGAAAAUUGUGCAGAUCUAAUUGUGGAAUGCCAGGUUUUUUCUGAAGGUCGACCCUUAGCUUUGCCAGUCACAACCUCCUACAAGGCAUUUUCUUCUCGAUGGAGUUGGAAUGAGUGGGUUGUGCUUCCUGUCAUGUUCUGUGACUUGCCCCGGGAUGCUCAACUGGCAUUGACAGUGUAUGACUGUGUUGGCCCAAGUAAAUUGCAACCAGUAGGAGGUACAACUAUUGCACUAUUUGGAAAUCAUGGUGUUUUUAGACAGGGUAUGCUAGACCUCAGAGUUUGGCCUGAUCGUGUUGCUGAUGGAUCGUUUCCUAGCUGUACACCAGGAAAAGCUCGCAGUCAUGGUAAAGAACAGAUGCAGAGAUUGUCAAAGUUAGCUAAAAGACAUAGGAAUGGAUACCUGCCAAAGGUAGAUUGGUUGGAUCGUUUAUCAUUCAGGGAAAUGGAAGUAAUAAAUGAGCGUGAGAAACGGAGCUCUGACUUCUUGUAUCUUAUGGUGGAGUUCCCUUGUAUUGAGUUAGGUGGUGUGUCACAUUCUGUGGUGUAUUAUGAACCUGAUGGUGAUAGUGUGUAUCCGUUCCAAGCUCAACCAGAAAUUGUAACUGUGCCUGACCAUGAAAUUCUAGAGGAAAAUCUUGUUGAAAGCAAGCAUCACAAGCUUGCUCGCAGCCUGAGAAGUGGAAUGUCUGACAAAGAUGCAAAACCGAAUGCAGCAGUCCGGGACACUUUACACAAUAUUGUUGCGUAUCCACCCACUAAAAUAUUAACCACAGAGGAACAAGAUCUUGUGUGGAGAUUCCGAUUUUAUCUUAGCAAUCAAAAAAAGGCUCUAACUAAAUUUUUGCUAUGUGUAAACUGGAAGCUUAAUGCAGAAGUGAGACAAGCCCUUAGUAUGCUAGAAAAUUGGGUGCCUAUGGAUGUAGAAGAUGCUUUGCAGCUAUUGAGCCCCCAGUUCACUCACCCCGCAGUUAGACGUUAUGCUGUUUCACGUUUGCAGCAAGCCCCUGAUGAGGAUCUUCUCUUGUAUCUACUUCAAUUAGUACAAGCUCUGAAAUAUGAAAAUUUUGAUGAAAUAAAUGCAGGCUACUCAAGAGUUGUGAAUACCUAUGCAUCCCAGGAAGAAAAAGAAGGAUCUGCUGUUGUAUGUGAAUGCAGUACAAGUGAUACUAGCAGUGGUGGUCUUGCUGAUGGGGAGUUAUCUGAAAGAUCUCAUGCUACAUCAUGUGUCAACAGUAGCUCUAAUUCUACGGAGAAUCUUGCUAGUUUUCUCAUAUAUCGGGCUUGUCAAAAUAUCACGCUUGCAAAUUACUUUUAUUGGUACCUUGUAACUGAGAGUGAAUCUCAUGAGAAAGAGCAGGAUGUGGGUAUUUAUCAAGAUAAUCCUGCCAGAGAGAUGUAUCGUACUGUAAAAAAAACUUUCCUUCAAACCUUACAGAAAGGUAAUAAAGAUUGGCAGGCACGCCGAAUGAUUUUAGCUCGCCAGCAGUUGUUUAUCAUUGAGUUAGUAAAACUUGUCAAAAUGGUUGCACGAGAAAGUGGUAACCGUAAGAAAAAGAUUGAACGCCUACAAGCUCUUUUUGUAGACGCAGAAGCCUUCAUGAUAAACUUUUCUAAUUUUGAACCACUACCAUUUCCUCUCAAUCCUGAUAUUCAUAUCAAGGGAAUUGUGGCUGAAUCGGCAACAUUGUUCAAGUCUGCUCUCAUGCCAUCCCGUUUAACAUUCCUAACAACGGAUAAUACAGAAUAUGUUGCCAUUUUUAAACAUGGAGACGAUUUACGUCAAGAUCAACUUAUACUCCAGAGUAUUUCUCUGAUGGACAAGCUACUUCGUCGAGAAAAUCUUGACUUGAAGCUUACACCAUACCGUGUUUUGGCUACCAGUACUAAGCACGGCUUUGUUCAGUUUAUUGAUUCUAUGCCUGUUGCUGAAGUUCUUCAAUCCGAUGGAUCCAUUCAAAACUUUUUCAGAAAACAUCAUUUUGUAGAGAGUGCUCCAUAUGGCAUUCAACCGGAAAUAAUUGACAAUUAUGUCAGAAGCUGUGCAGGUUACUGUGUCAUCACAUAUAUUUUAGGAGUAGGUGAUAGACAUCUCGAUAACCUUUUACUGACCUCAGAUGGAAAGCUAUUUCACAUAGAUUUUGGAUUUAUUUUGGGACGAGAUCCGAAACCACUUCCACCUCCAAUAAAGCUGAGCAAGGAAAUGGUGGAUGCCAUGGGUGGUGUAGAUUCAGAUCACUACCAUGAAUUCCGUAAACACUGCUACACUGCCUUUUUACAUUUGCGAAGACAUGCCAAUCUUAUCCUUAACUUAUUUUCACUAAUGGUUGAUGCAAGUGUACCUGACAUUGCUUUGGAGCCUGAUAAGGCUGUCAAUAAGGUUCAAGACAAGCUAAGAUUAGACCUAAGCGAUGAAGAGGCUGUGCGCUACAUGCAAUCUGUUUUAGAUGUGUCAGUUUCAGCAGUGUUUGCAGUCAUGGUGGAACAGUUCCACAAAAUUGCUCAGUACUGGCGUAAGUGAAUAUAUCUGUGAUAUUUAAGUUUGUCAACUCUGCAAAAACAGUUUUCAUUUACUGUAAAAAUUAAGAAAAAUGUAAGACUGUUGUUCAGUUGUAUGACUUUGUGCACACAAUCCAUAUUACACUAUGUGCACAACAGAUGGCUUUACCAUUUAUGAAGUGUUAAGUACUGAUGUGACCAGAGCAGAAGUAUGUAUCUUAACUUUUCAAACUCUGAAAUACAAAAUGUGAUAUUUUAUACCAAUAAUAUUAA